GUCAGUCAGGCACUUCCACACAGUCUCUCAGUGAAGCUGCUGCACAGCUGCUGCGUUACUCUGACUCUGUGUUCACUAUUAGCUCUGUUCAGCACACCUUUCUGUCUAUUAGAGUAUCAGCUCUUUCUAACCUGCUGCAAUGGACUGUGCUCUGGACAACCUGGACGCGGCAGGAUUUCUGCAGAUUUGGCAACACUUUGAUGCAGACGAUAAUGGCUACAUCGAGGGAAAAGAGCUGGACGCCUUUUUUCGUCACAUGAUGACCAAACUGGGACCCGCGGACAACAUAACUGAGGAGAAAGUCCAGCAGCUGAAGACGAGGUUUAUGUCUGCCUAUGAUGUCACCGCUGAUGGCCGCCUGCAAAUUCAGGAGCUCGCUAAUAUGAUCCUGCCAGAGGAUGAGAACUUCCUGUUGAUAUUCCGCCGUGAGGCUCCGCUGGACAACAGUGUGGAGUUUAUGAAGAUCUGGAGGAAGUACGAUGCGGACAGCAGUGGAUACAUAUCAGCAGCAGAGCUGAAGGGUUUCCUCCAUGAUCUGUUUAAACACCACAAAAAAGACGUGUCCUCCGACAAGCUGGACGAAUACACAGAUGCCAUGAUGAAUAUAUUUGACAAGAACAAAGACGGCCGGUUGGAUCUAAACGACUUGGCGAGAAUCCUGGCCCUGCAGGAGAACUUCCUGUUGCAGUUCAAGAUAGAUGCGAACAGUCUGGAAGAAAGAAGGCGCGACUUCAAGAAAAUAUUCACACACUACGAUGUGAGUAAGACGGGAGCUCUUGAGGGACCAGAGGUGGACGGCUUUGUCAAAGACAUGAUGGAGCUGGUCAGGCCCAGCAUCAGUGGAUCGGAGCUGGAUCAGUUCCGUGUUCUGCUGUUGCGCCACUGCGACAUAAAUAAAGAUGGAAAGAUCCAGAAGAAUGAGCUGGCCCUUUGUUUAGGGAUGAAGCCCUAGCUUCAGUCCACUUACAGAUUCAUACUGCAUGUGUAGAGAUAUCGCAUGUGGUGGUACAUGGACAUGAAUGUUUGCAAUCUAAUGUAUAUAGACACUGCUAUAUGAAUCACUAUGUAGUUGUAGCAUAGGUUUGGGAUAUGACAUAGCAGACUAAUGUACACUUGUAAGCAAAAAUAUCAACACCCCCAGUCCAAUUGCACGAUUUGUUUAUUUUCUGAGUGAAAAUAAGUUAACAUGUCGUCUACAAGGAAAAUUCUUUUCAAAUUUUACUGCACAUUUUCCAUUAAUUUAACAUAUUGGCAAAAAAUAAAAUAUACAGUAUAACUGGUGCCAUAACUUUUGCACAGGCCACAUUUUAUGUUUUAUUUUGUCCCCCAAUAAGUAAAAAUCUGCAAAUAACAGUGAUUGUGUAUUCGAAUGUGCAGAAGUGUGUUCUGUGUUGAUGUGUAAACUGAUUUUCACUUAGAAAAUCAAUGUCUUUUGACCAGGGGUGUUCAAACUUUUGCUCACGACUGUUCAAAACAGAAAGGAUUUAGUCUGUAUGAUUCAGAUUGGUUAGGCUUGAAGCCAUACUUUGGCAAAAAAAUCAAAUUUACACAAUUUUCCUCUCACCCGAAAUGUACCCAAUCAGCCGAGACAUGUUUGAUAUCUGAGGUUUGCUUCAUUAGUUUUGCCCUGGAGCUUUGAGGCUAAUGUAGCCAACAUGGGAUCAGGGAUGGAUUUAGUGAUUCUCGGGCUCUGUGCAAAAGACAGGAAUGGAGCCACCUAGAGGCACCUUUUUAAAUUAGCUGCGGCUCUGAGCUACCAUCUACACAGCCAAAAAAAAUACGUUGUCUAAUUAAGUCAUCUUAAAUGUAAUCAAUAUAUCUAAUGUUUCUCAUUUUGAGAAUGUUGUAAGAGUAUUAUAAGACUAACGUAUUUUUAGAUUUUUUUGACUUAUGUAAGUUUAUUAAGUGAAAUCAUUUCACUAUCUUGGCAGAUAAUUUUGCUUGUUUUGAGGAAAUAUGCUUGAAAGAAGCAAAAUGAUCUCCCAAUUUAGAGAGCUUUGUUACUGAGUAGUGUGGAAGUAAAGUAACAAGUAGUGAGGUUACUUUUUCCAGGGAGUAACAAUCAUCACAGUUUGAGAGAAGCAGCUUGAAUUGGAUUACUUUUUUGAGUAAUUCCCUCAAACACUGGAGCUAAUCUAUACUAACAUUAACACUAGCAUUAGGUACAAUCUGCUGAGCCAGCACUCAGCACACCCAUAAUGUAGAUUAUCGCUUAACCCUUUUGUUGCCGUAUGAAGGCUAAAGCAGAGAGCUGACAGCAGGUUUUUACCAUGAUCUGGCUGUGUCUUUGUGCUAUAUUUCUGGGUUUUGGGAUGUUAGAGCUGGUUUCUCUCACUCUGACUAGAGAUGGCAGGUUCCUCUGAGUGUUCUGGCUUGUAAAUCAUGUCGCUAAAAGCAGAGAUGUAAUAUAACAGAGCGAGUGGGUUUUGGGUGAUGAAAUUACUCUGUGAAUGAAAUCACUCUGGAUGGUGAGGGCAGAAACUGAUGAGUGAUCUGAUGUGUGAAUCAUGGUGCUGUUUUGACCCUUUGUUUACAAUAUGAAGGCUAAAAGCAGCUUGAUGACACAAGCUAGUUUGGGCUGGGUCUGCUGAAUGUCCUGACACGUGCAUCAUGUCUGUGGUUUAAACCGUGCAGAAGUCAUGAAGGCUAUAAGUGACCUACAUUUUUGCCUGCAAAUUUCAACAGGUUAAAUUUUCAAAGUCCAUUCUAACCAUGAUUGUAGCUGAAAUUACUGAUAAAAACUGCUACAAAUGCAACAGCUGUUUAUAAUGUGCAUAUAUAUCUCAGAAUUGGUUAUUUAACAUUGACACAGACAGCUAAUUUGUAUUGCGAUGAGCCCCCUGGCUCAUUAGGGCCCUAGGCAGCUGCCUACCUUUGCCUAGUGCAGACCACACCUGCAUGAGAUGGAAGUUUAUACCCCACCCAUUUAGCAUCAUACACGCCUUAAUUCUUACUUUUUAAAUUUAAUUUAAUGCUUAGUUUACUCAUGUCCAGUUCUACUCACUGUUCACCUAUCACACUUUACUACCAAACUUUGAGGGUGAAGCCAGCUGUCACUAAUGUAACGGCACUGGCCAGCUCAACACGCUUGGAGGAGAAUGCUAACUUCUUGGCAUCGGCCAAAAGAUAUCUGCUUUAUUAUGAUGUGCUCUUGAAGUCCUGGCCAUGGAUGGUUGUGGCAUGACCGAGAAUCAAACUCAGUCUCCCAAUGACAGGACCAACACUUAGACAUAUGCGCCACUCAGGAACCCCUACAUGGUCACACCUGCCUUAAAAAUAGACAAAAAUAGUCACAAUUCAGCCUUUGAGUUUACUGCUAUGACUGUUUUAGCUAGGCAACAUGCUAUUGAGUGAGGUAUGAGCUCCGAUUACCUGUUAGCUUUAUUAUUCUCGUAGCUCCAUUCCAAAAUGAAAAGAGCAAUCUUCAAACAGUAAACAUGUCUUGGCUGAUUGAUACAUUUAUGGUAAAGGGAAAUUGUGUAAGCCUGAUUUUUCACUAUUCCCAUAAUAAACUAUUCCUUUAUCAUAUGCCUGAAAAUUUAGAAGCCUGUAAUAAAUCUCCUGAAUGACUGAGUGUAACCAUGGAUUGGUACUUCAUAUUUUCACAAUGUAGGUUAUGUGAACGCAUCUGAUUUUCUGCAUGUGACCCUGUUUUGACGUGAUUUUGAUAUAGUGAUGUGUGUGUGGAUUAAAGAUGCAAACACUG